CGCAACCUCAACAUCAUAUUCCGGAGGAGCACGGCGAAUUGGUAGUUAGUGAAAGCUGCUCUUUCCUAGUGUGUUUGAAGCUGGAGAUUUAUCGCGCUAGAAUUAGAACGUAAACUAAAAACGAUGGACUAGUGUGCGACUCUAAUGGCUUUUGUACUUGGAUGGUGAGAAGGAAUCGGGAUGUCGGGCACCAACAUGGAAACAAAAAGAGUGGAGAUACCCUCCAGCGUAUUGGACGAUCUCUGCAGCCGGUUCAUCCUGCACAUCCCCAGUGAGGAAAGGGACAAUGCUAUCCGAGUUUGCUUCCAGAUUGAGCUAGCCCACUGGUUCUACCUGGACUUCUGCAUGCAAAACACUCCAGGAACUCCUCACUGCGGGAUAAGAGACUUUGCCAAAGCUGUGUUCCAUCACUGUCCAUUUCUGUUACCUCACGGAGAGGAUGUGCAGAAAGUUCUUGAGCAGUGGAAGGAGUACAAAAUGGGUGUACCCACUUAUGGUGCAAUCAUUCUAGAUGAAUCCCUUGAAAAUGUACUGCUUGUUCAGGGCUACCUUGCAAAAUCUGGUUGGGGCUUUCCAAAGGGGAAGGUUAAUGAGGAUGAAGCGCCAAAUGACUGUGCAGUUCGUGAAGUGUUGGAGGAGACGGGUUUUGACAUCAAGAACCGUAUCUGCAAAGAUGUUUACAUAGAGCAGAAAAUCACUGACCAACUAGUGCGGCUCUACAUCAUACCAGGAGUGUCCAAGGAUACAAAAUUCAACCCCAAAACUAGAAAAGAGAUAAGGAACAUUGAAUGGUUUCCUAUUGAGAAGCUUCCCUGUCACAGGAAUGACAUGACACCAAAGUCUAAACUUGGACUUGCCCCAAACAGGUUUUUCAUGGCCAUUCCAUUUAUAAGACCACUGCGAGACUGGAUUAGCCGGAGGAAAGGCGAGUCAACAGACAGUGAUGAGGACUUUGCAAACAUCAGCAACAUUCGGUCAAAAUCUCGUCACCUCACAGGUAGCGAUGCCUUUCCAGGAGAGAACUGGACAAAACACAAGCAGCAGAAAACUUUGGGCCAGUUUGAACUGAACCAGAAACCAAAUGUGAAAGGCAAUGGGAAGAAAUUUCAGGACUUGCCUUAUAUGAAGAAAGGCUCUUGUGACAAUGGAGCCAGCAACCAGCAGGUGAAAACCAUAUUAAAGGAAGAUAAAAGACUUCAACCGCGAAGACUACAAGACAGUUUUGAAAGAGAUGGAGCUCCAAGCAGCUCCUGCGGUCAUCAAGAGAGUAGAGACUAUGAGCCAAUGCUGUCCUCUAAGGCUUUCCUACAUUUCAGAUUUGACAGAGACGCCAUCAUGAAGAGUUUCGAUUACUGAUAUCGUUGAUGCUGAUCUGUGCCUCCUCUGUAACGUCAAACCUUGAACUCAAGAGACUUUCUAAAUUAAGGAUAUGAGUAAACAAGGGAUAUUAAGGAUGUAACUAAACCAUCUCCUUCUCAUCUUGACUUGCUUUUUAUGCACAUGUGUGUUGCCUUUCUCACUUGCAACACAGAGUAAGUUUUGCUGAAAGAAGUAAAACAUAGUAGAGGACUACACAGGUAAAUCAGUAACUUUUUACAGGUAAAUGAUGUUUUGAAAACAUUUACUUUGAACUUUUAAGUACAUUUAUGAUGACAGUAAAAAGUGGGAAAUUAAUCCUUAGUGCAUUUGGCCAGCAAAUCAUUUUUGAAUUUGUCAUGUUAUAUUUUGGUUUUAAGCUAUAACAUAUUUAGAUAAUAGCUUCCUCCAGUCAUUCAGUUAAGUAGCAAACAUUUUCUGCACAGUGUCUUUUAACAGUGAAACUGGCUUAAUUAUAUUACAGUGUUCUUCUUUUUUUCCUCUCAAGAAACUUUAGAUUUUAUACAGAAAUAUAGAACUUUGUAUAACAUCUUUGAAUAAUGACUUGGGAAAGAAAUAAAGUUGUCUUUAAAUUGAAUGUCAUUAAAUUCAUGUUACUCUGUCACUGUAUCACUCUAUGACUGCGAAUAUUAAAAUCACUAUAUGAAGCUGAUGAUUGCAGAUCCAAGAAGUGAAAAGGUCUGCCAUUACGAGAAUGACCAUGAAGCAGGAUAUCUCUUUUAUUUUGAUUAGAGUUAGUUGAAUCGAAGACGAUUCAAAUGAAAAAUGUGGAGGACUGCACAAAUAUCUCCCAGUUUAAAUACGAAAUUACAAGUGAAUUCACAUUCAGUUUAAUUAGCAUCAUGGUAGUACAGCACUUAUACACAAUAGUUUUAAUUCUAAUUUUGGUAUCAUAUUUGCAUUUUCACCAUCAAAUAUGUACAAAUGUACAAAGACGAUUUUAUCAUACAUCAUUAAAGCUCAGUCUGACUGAUUUGCGAUCUGUUUUAGACCUGUGUUUCUCAGUCUGUUUCGAACAGUCUUAAUUAUAGCCUUUUACCACAUCUACCAUGUUUUACCAUGUUUCCUGUGAUAUUUCUUAACUGUAAAAGUUCUCAGUCAUAGCAACACUAUCGGACUGCUAUGGUAUUCUGUUGGCAUGAAAAGUGGAAAAGUUUGGGUUAUUUACUUUGAUGGAGGAUGGCAGCAUUGAGCCACUAGAUCAGAAAACAAAAGCAAGGGCAGUUUUAUAGAUUAUAGUUUCACUGAGAGUAACUGUUUUCAAACCACAUGUCAAGCAGUUCUUAUUUUCCUUGGAGGGUUUAUGCACUUGCAGAUGAUUUCAUUCCAUUUUAGAGUAUUUUCUAGUAAAGUGAAUCCCUGGGACUUACUUGUAUCAUUGACUGUAAUUAAUUUUGGGUCGUUUUGACUUUAAAUGGGAACGUUAAUAAAAACUUUUUUUCAG